AAGAGCAGAUCAGGAAGGACCCUUAUGCUAAUCUUAUGCUGCAACGGGAGAAAGAUUGGGUAUCCAAGAUUCAAAUGAUGCAACUGCAAAGCACUGAUCCCUAUUUAGAUGACUUCUACUAUCAGAACUAUUUUCAGAAACUAGAAAAACUGUCUGCAGCUGAGGAGAUGCAUGGUGAUGGUCCUAAAAAGGAACGCACUAAACUAAUCACCCCACAAGUGGCAAAACUAGAGCAUGCCUAUAAGCCAGUGCAGUUUGAGGGCUCGCUAGGGAAGCUGACCGUAUCCAGUGUGAACAACCCCCGCAAAAUGAUAGAUGCUAUUGUGACUUUAAGAGGAGAGGAAGAUGAAACUAAGGAGAAGCAGGUUCGAGAUAAAAGGCGCCAGACUCUCUUCACUAUUGAAAAAACCUAUAGCCUCCUCCUGGAUGUAGAAGACUAUGAGAGACGCUACCUUUUGAGUUUGGAAGGAGACAGGUUGGCCUUGAUGGAGGAGAGAAAGCAGAAAAUCUGUGACAUGUAUGACAAUCUGAGGGGAAAGGUGCCCAAUCAAGAAAGACUUAGUGAUGACGCUUUUGUGCAGAUUAUGUGUAUACGUAAAGGAAAACAUCUCGUUGCACGGAUCCUACCUUUCUUGUCCAGUGAACAAGCAGCUGAGAUACUAAUGGCAACAGCCAGAAAUUUGCCCUUUCUAAUCAAGAAAGAUGCUCAAGAUGAGGUAAAUGUAACCUGAAGAAAAAAAUAUGGUGAUGGUGAUGAUGUCACGUGCCUCACAUAAAGCAGCUGUGGGUGGCUAGAA